AUGGUGCUAAUGAUUGGUCCUUCAAGGUCCUUUGGAGAGCUCUUCAUCAGCUCGUUCCAGAGGCCGCUUCGUUACCGUCAGGGCCUAUGGCUCUUCAUUUUCUUGGAUCCUUUUGACUCCGGUCCAGCCGUUGCUCUGGGCAAGGGUUAUCCAUCUGACGAUGAAGAUUUCAACCCAAACCGGAAGAAGAUGCUGUGCCAUGCCAAACGACUCUGCUCGUUUGAGUUCUUCCCGAAGAGAUACAUUGUAUCUACUGAUGAAAUGGCAAGAUGGGGUCUAUAUUAUACCGGGAUCCGCGACGAGACAGCUUGUAUUUUUUGCCGUCUGAUCAUUCACAACUGGGAAUACGGAGACAAUCCGUACGAGGAACACCGUAGGUUUUCCCCCAACUGCCCAUUGAUAAGAGGACGUAACAUCAUGGAUAUCCCAUACGAGAACUCUCACAAUCCUGACGACAUUAACACGGAAAAGGAAGGAAAGGAGAUGAUCGACGCUCUAAACAGACGAUCUCCAACGAGUUCCUUCAAAUCGGACGCUUCUUCUGAAUUGAUCGUGGACGAAGGCGAGGAUUCCCGCCAUUCCUCAGGAGCAGUCGAACAAGGAGGGGAGAAAUAAAAAAAGUGUCUUCGAUCCCCCAAUCGCUGCAUAUGUAUACAAACUCGGACUGAUUUUUAUGUUUAUCUGUAUGUACUUUGAUUCAUGCUUAAUCUUGUUAAUAAAGCA